AUGAACUGUUCUCUUGCAGUGUCGGAAGAAGGGUCAAACCCAUUCAGUUUUCACGCAGUUAUAGACUCAGCUGUAUUCACAUUCAUCAAUCGAAAACCGGCAUCCUAUCCCUCGGUUCCUUCUAAAACAGAGAUCAUCAACCCUAGUCCUCACGCAACGGCUAUGGCAAAUUUUUAUACUCCAAAAUGGGUCGCAUCAUCUCUCCCUUUCCUGGGGUUUGCGCCCAGUAGCAAUCCCUUCAAAUAUGGCUUUGCCUUAGACCUGUCACUCCAAACAGACUGGGAUUCUUUGGAAAGGAACUUCAGAGCUUUCCUCAGAGCUUGUAUGUUUGUCAAUUGCUUUGGCGUACCAGAAAAUUUUCGCCUCUGGGCUUUUCCCCUUCAAUAUGGCUAUAAAAAAUUGUACAAGAACCAGGACAAGGCUCGAGCAGCGGCACAUCGGUCUCGCCAAGCUUUCAUUCCACUCAUUGCAUCGGUAUCCUUUUUCCUUCGCUUGCUUUAUCAUCUUGAGAAUGAGUGGGGGAAUCUUGUUGAAAGAAGAAAAGAUAUCCCUGCUCCUCCUUCGAAUUCAUUUUGGAGUGAUAGGCAGAACAAAAUGGAGCAAGAACGCUACGGGCCAGUGCCGUCGAAGUGGGAAUGGCAGGAAAAGCUCAGGGAAAGAACCUCCAUCAGUGCAGAAUGGCUGUCUUAUUUUUAUGAGAUCAUGGAUAUACCCAUGGUCGGACUCUUCUUUGAUGUUCAUCAUUCAGGCUGUUUGUCGUUGCUUUCGGUAUUCCUCGAGACUAAAAUGCCUUUGGUGUUGUAUUGGGGAAGUACUAAUGACUGGAGAGUCCCAUUGGGGCUCCCUCCUUCCAUCCCGGUUCCAAGUAGAGCUCUGGUCAACCAUCUCAUGUCCAAACAAAUUCCGUACUCACCUCCUGCACCCACCACACCCCCCACAUCCGUUGCUGUGAGCAGCACGACUAACAUAAUUGGAAAAAAAUUGCGCAUUCCCCGGCUUGAUGGUGGAACUCAACCCCGAAAAAGCGAAGGUGUUAUCGAAUUCCUCAAGCAAAGAGAAAUUGAUAGACUCCGGAAGAUAGCCUCUGAGGACAUGAAAGAUCGGCAAUCACGUCUUCAACGGGAAAAAAAUGCAUCUAGGGAUAUGCCCCCAGGCCGCAAAGGAGCGCGAGUCUACUACUGGGACAUGGUUGAAGGUAUCUGCGUUUGUACUGCUGUUGGCAGAAACAACUACGAGGACAUUUGGGAAUGA